UGCAGUACAUGUGGGAAGGCCUUUAGUUGCAUGUCUGUUCUCAAGACACACCAGAGGAUCCAUACUGGGGGAAAGCUAUAUAAGUGCACUACAUGUGGGAAGGCCUUUAAUCAAUUGUCUUAUCUCAAGAUACACCAGAAGCUCCAUACUGUUGGAAAGCUAUAUAAGUGCACUACAUGUGGGAAGGCCUUUAAUCAAGUGUCUUAUCUCAAGAUACACCAGAAGCUCCAUACUGUUGGAAAGCUAUAUAAGUGCACUACAUGUGGGAAGGUCUUUAAUCAAUUGUCUCAUCUCAAGGGACACCUAAGAAUCCAUACUGGGGAAAAGCCACACCAGUGCAGUACAUGUGGGAAGGCCUUUAGUCACUUGUCUCAUCUCAAGGGACACCUAAGAAUCCAUACUGGGGAAAAGCCACACCAGUGUAGUACAUGUUGGAAGGGCUUUAGUUGCGAGUCUGCUCUCAAGACACACCAGAGGAUCCAUACAGGGGAAAAGCCCCAUCAGUGCAGUACAUGUGGGAAGGCCUUCAGUCAAAUGACAAAUCUCAAGACACACCAGAUGAUCCAUACUGGGGAAAAGCCACACCAGUGCAGUACAUGUGGGAAGGCCUUUAGUCACUUGUCUCAUCUCAAGGGACACCUGAAGAUCCAUACUGGGGAAAAGCCACACCAGUGCAGUACAUGUGGGAAGGCCUUUCGUCAUAUGUCUUUUCUCAAGAAACACCAGAAGAUCCAUACUGGGGAAAAGCCACACCAGUGCAGUACAUGUGGGAAGGCCUUUAGUUGCAAGGCUGUUCUCAAGACACACCUGAAGAUCCAUACUGGGGAAAAGCCCCACCAGUGCAGUACAUGUGGGAAGGCCUUUCGUCAUAUGUCUUCUCUCAAGACACAUCAGAUGAUCCAUACUGGGGAAAAGCCACACCAGUGUACUACAUGUGGGAAGGCCUUCAGUCGAAUCUCUACUCUCAAGAAACACCAGAAUAUCCAUACUGGGGGAAAGCUAUAUAGGUGCACUACAUGUGGGAAGGUCUUUAAUCAAUUGUCUCAUCUCAAGACACACCAGAGGAUCCAUACUGGGGAAAAGCCACACCAGUGCAGUACAUGUGGGAAGGGCUAUAAUCGAAUGUCUAGUCUCAGGGAACACCAGAGGAUCCAUACUGGGGAAAAGCCACACCAGUGCAGUACAUGUGGGAAGGCCUUCAGUCGAAUCUCUACUCUCAAGAAACACCAGAGGAUCCAUUCAAAUUAUGUGCUGCCCUGCUAAUACAUGAUGAAGUAUCACUUACUGAUAUAUUUCUUGAUUAGCUGAGUUUAAACAACAUUUGAUGUUCAAGAUGAAGUAUUUUUUUCAUCAUAUUUGAAACGUGUCUUAGAAAGGUUGUGUUUGUACAGGUUUUUUCAAGUAUGUUUGUGUGGGGGGAUUUGUGUGUGUGUGUGUGUGGCUGCACAAGAUAUAACUGACAAGCAGCAGUUAGAGCAUGUACAAAUAAACAGUGUUUUUUGUGCAAGCUUCCUAGACUUCCUAGACUUCCUAAACGCCACCUCAUAUGAAGGCUCUGGGCUCAUCAACAGCUCAUAGAUGUGUUAGUGUCAGAGAUGGGGGAGGGGUAGGGGAGGGGGAGACUAAAUGUCUCUCCCAUUCCUCAUUAUAGGGAACUCUGUAUUUCUUCAGUUAAACAUUCUCAUGUCAAAUGUGGAAGAGAGUCUGAGUGAACUGUUUUAUUGUUGACAGAAAAACGCGCAAGUCAUAUU